UUGGAUACCGGAAUUUUCAACCUGACGGGCGGCCCUUUCGAGAGUUGCUUUUGCUUCGGAGAAAUUGGGAAUUAUGGAGGAUGAGUCGUUUAUGAGCGAUGUUGAGGAUUAUGUUAAACAGCAUAAUGUGCACGAAAUUCUCAGGGACUGUGUUGUUAACUUGUGCUUACAUCGUCCUAGUAAUCCCAUUGCAUUUCUCCGCGAGUAUUUUGAGAAGCUCGAGGUUUGCAAUGGAAAAUAUACUGAAGCGUCAACUAGUCAUGUAUCUGGGUUCGCUUUUCAUAAAAACUUAGAACUCAGUGAAGAUUCACACACGCUACCUGUAUCAAAUACCUCCAGUCGCCCUUUCGAACACGAAGAUAAGAGUCAUGGAAGUGGUUGCUUUGGUGUUCUUAUUCCCUCUGUACGCUCUCAAAAUUGUGAUCACUCUUCAGGGAUGAAUAACCAUCGAUACUCCUGUGAUACAGAUAAUCUUAUUCCUAACAAUAUUGAAAAACAUUUGGUCGAAACUCCGUUAAAAGUUGAUAGUAGUUACGAAUCCAAUAAUAUGAAUGAGGAUGGUAGUAGUUAUGACGGAGGAAAUGGUGGAGGGACGAGAGGCUUGUUGGCUGUAUCACCGGGUGUUAGUUUAACUAGACGUCGAUCUCGAAGAGGAGCAGUUAGCGGUGAAGUUUAUACAGAAGAAGAUGCUGCGUCCUAUGUUAAGAAGGUUGUACCCAAGGACUAUAAAACGAUGACAGCUCUUUCAAAGGCUAUCGCCAAAAACGUCCUAUUUUCUCACUUAGAUGAGACAGAGAGGAGUGAUAUAUUUGAUGCCAUGUUCCCUGUACAUCGUAAUUCAGGAGAUGUGAUUAUUCAGCAAGGAGAUGAAGGUGAUAAUUUCUACAUAAUCGACCAGGGUGAGGUUGAUAUCUUCCUCAAUAAUGAGUAUAGUAGUACAAUCGGCGAAGGGGGUAGUUUCGGUGAACUAGCUCUCAUCUAUGGCACGCCUAGAGCAGCUACGGUUAAAGCGAAGACGGAAGUUAAAUUAUGGGGUAUUGAUAGGGAUUCUUAUAGAAGAAUACUGAUGGGGAGUACUAUUCGUCGUCGGAAAGUGUAUCAAGAAUUCUUAUGUCGUGUACCUAUUUUAGAUAAUCUUGACAAAUGGGAACGAUUAACUGUAGCAGAUGCUCUAGAACCAGUCCGUUUCGAAGAUGGUGAAGUUGUUGUACGUCAAGGUGAACAUGGUGAUGAUUUCUUUAUUAUUACAGAGGGUACAGCUGCUGUUUUGCAAAGGCCUUCUGAAUCCGGUGAACAAGUUGAAGUUGGUAAAUUAAGACCAUCAGACUAUUUUGGUGAGAUUGCUUUACUGCUUGAUCGACCACGUGCAGCCACUGUUGUUGCCCAAGGUACUCUACGUUGCGUGAAACUUGACCGCAAACGAUUUGAGCGUGUCAUGGGUCCGUGUUCAGAUAUUUUGAAACGCAACAUAGCUAAAUAUAAUAGCUAUAUUUCUUUGAGUGUUUGAAUCUGUGGUUCUUUUUUUAGGAUAAUUAGUUUCCAAAAUGAAAAGUUAGAUCCACUCAGUUUGAAAUCAGAAAAGCUACAAAUCUUGUUUUACUUUAACAAAGGUUACUUAUUUUGUUGUUAACGCAAACAAGGGAUCUUUAUUUAUUAUUUCACGUCGUAAAUUGAUGUUAGAAACGCCUUUGAUGCUUUUAAAAAACAGGUAAAAUCUAGUGCAGAAAAAUAUAUUUCGUUUUAAACAUGGUUCGAUAACAGGAACACGUGUAUAUACUUAACAUAUCAGUCAGUCAGUCACAACGUAGAACUUUGUACGUACGUACAUCAGUUCGAG